GCAGCCUCUCCAACAACACAGAGUCACUGUUAGAGAGCUUCCACUUAGUUACACAACAUAAACUCUUCUUCCUUUUCCUUUCGCUUUGCCGAAACCUACAAAACCCUUUGUUCUGUUCAAUCUCUUUUUCUUCAUCAUUUCGAUGGAUAUCGAGGAGGACAUCCGUUCUUUGCAGCUUGAAUCAGCAGCAGAAGACAAUAAUGGGGUUGGAAGUCCAGAGGAUGGAAAGGCGGAAGAAGUUGAGAAAUCUGAUAAGAUGGAUGAAGAUUCAAAGCAGGAGGUUCAGGAACAGCCUUUCCAGGCUGAGCCAAAAGAUAAGGAAAUUCCUCCCAUGCAAGAUGAAGAAGAUGAUGUGGAGAUAACGAACAAAAGACACUUAAAUGUUGUGUUUAUUGGUCAUGUGGAUGCUGGUAAGUCUACAACAGGAGGCCAGAUACUUUUCCUCAGUGGUCAGGUUGAUGAGCGGACUAUCCAAAAAUAUGAGAAAGAAGCUAAGGACAAAAGUAGAGAAAGCUGGUAUAUGGCUUAUAUAAUGGACACAAAUGAGGAGGAGAGGGUAAAGGGAAAGACAGUUGAAGUAGGGAGAGCCCACUUUGAAACUGAGACAACAAGAUUUACAAUUUUGGACGCACCUGGUCACAAGAGUUAUGUCCCUAACAUGAUCAGUGGUGCAUCUCAAGCUGAUGUUGGAGUUUUGGUAAUUUCUGCUCGAAAGGGAGAAUUUGAAACUGGAUAUGAGAGAGGUGGACAAACCCGUGAACACGUUCAGCUUGCAAAAACACUCGGUGUGGCUAAGCUGCUUGUUGUUGUCAAUAAAAUGGAUGAUCCUACGGUGAUGUGGUCAAAAGAAAGGUAUGAUGAAAUUGAGUCAAAGAUGAUACCAUUUCUGAAACAAUCGGGUUACAAUGUGAAGAAAGAUGUCCUGUUUCUACCAAUAUCUGGCCUGAUUGGUACAAACAUUAAAGUGAGUGUGGAUAAGAGCAUUUGUCCUUGGUGGGAUGGUCCUUGCCUAUUUGAAGCUCUUGAUGCUGUUGAAGUUCCUCCACGAGAUCCCAAAGCUCCUUUUAGGAUGCCUAUACUUGACAAAUUUAAAGACAUGGGAACUGUUGUUAUGGGUAAAGUGGAAUCUGGCACUGUUCGUGAGGGAGAUUCCUUGUUGGUUAUGCCAAAUAAGGAUCAAGUAAAAGUUGUUGGAGUAUUUAUUGACGAGAAUCGGGUUAAACGUGCUGGACCAGGUGAAAAUUUGCGGAUUAGAUUAUCCGGCAUUGAAGAAGAAGACAUAGUAACUGGGUUUGUCCUGUCUAGUAUUGCAAAUCCAAUACCUACUGUGAGUGAAUUUGUGGCGCAGCUGCAAAUCCUUGAAUUGCUGGACAAUGCUAUUUUUACUGCUGGGUACAAGGCCGUUCUGCACAUCCACUCUAUUGUUGAAGAGUGUGAGGUUAUUGAGCUCAUACAUGAAAUUGAUCCAAAGACAAAGAAACCUAAGAAAAAGAAAACUCUCUUUGUGAAGAAUCGUGCAUUUGUUGUGUGCCGAAUUCAGGUUAGUAACUCAAUAUGCAUUGAGAAAUUUACUGAUUUUCCACAACUUGGGAGAUUCACUCUUCGUUCUGAAGGAAAAACUGUUGCAGUGGGAAAAGUCACAGGUCUGUAAGCUUAUAACAAUUUUGACUUGAGUACAUCACAUCAUUCCUGCACAGACAAAUGGAGUGGCAGCAUUGAGGCAUAAUUGACAUUAUCAUCAAGUUUCAAAUAUAUUCAAUUUUGUUUUUAUUUUACUUUUAUUUGGCAGUAGUUCCAUGAAGAGUACUUUUUGCUAUUAGUUCCCAUGGACAUGUGGCCUUGCAAGGCCUGCUGCUUCAGUGAUUUGUGGGUGACAGCUUUGCUGUGUCUCCCAUCCCAACUGUGCUGCUUGAUAAUAUAAUUGAAAUCUAUGAUUUUGAAUUUGUCAAAACUCAAUUAGGUGUGGUAUCUGAUAUAACUUAGUUGUUCUCAGACUUCU